CCCAUCCACCGCAAUACCAACUACCAUGCUGAUGGCACCAAGUCGCUGAUCUAUCUCUAUCACAAACACGACAUCAAUCCGACAACUCCGAGUCCCUACCACCGGAACAAUAACAAUAUUCUCCUCGGACUCCAGGAUGAUGGGACUCCUACCUCGGUAAGUGCCGACGACAAGGAAAAUGACCCGUUCUAUACUUGUUUAAUCCAGCUCGGAACUCUGGAGCAAACUGUGCAGAUGAACUUUGAUUCAGCUUCAGCGGACACUUGGGUGCGGUCCACAGCUAUACCGGACGCCAAUGAUGUCCCCAACGAGACGAUCUUCGAUCCUCUCUAAUCACCCACCUUUCAGAACAUCUCUGGUAACACCCGGCAGGUCCGGUAUGGCGAUGUCCCUUCAGCUUCUGCAACAGUUGGGACGGAUGUUCUUAAAGUGGGAAAUAUCAUGACUGAGAACCAGGCCGUG